UCGCCUCUGAUAAAAUCCUGAGGGACGCUGGGCACCCUGAGUCGCCAUGGGCAACGAGAGCAGCACCUUGGACAACCAGAGGCCAAGAUCCGUGCAACCACCUGGGAACAGUCCAAAUGUAAAAAGGAAGCCAGAGAAGAAGCCCGGAAGCACUGACCGUGGAGACCUGCCCAGUGCUGGGCAUGGAGGCUCCUGCUCCGCUUCUGAGGGUGCUGCCAGCCCGGAUCCGUGCCUCGAGUUUCCAGAGGUGACUGAGCCAAAGAAGCCUUCACAGGAAGAUUCUCCACAGCCUAGCCCACCAACGCCCAGGGAGCAGGAGUGCCCCUCAGCCUCCAUGCCCUUUGCCGAGGGCCCCCCGGAAGUUUGCUUGGCAAGCCCAGCAGCGGCACCUGAAGAUUGGCCUCUUGUUCAACACCCCAGGAGGGAACCUUCCCCAAAUGCCCCGGAGGACACCCUGGCAGCAUUUGUCCCUGAGGAGGACAGCCCUACCCAGUGGAGUGUGGUUGCCAUCGUCCCCAGUCCUGGGAGAGAGAAAGACCUGAAGGAGGAGGGACAUAAACUGUCUUCCUCCAGUUGCAUUGACCAGUGGCCAGGAAUUUCACCAUCACCUCCUACAGAGCCAAUGAAGGAACAGCUGUGUGGAGAGGACGGCUGGCCUGGUGGUUUCGAGUCCCAAGGGAAAGAGGCUGCAGGUGGCUUUUCCCCCUCAGAGUCCGGGCAGGGGGUGGCUUCUGUACAAGUGGCUCCCACGGCCCCUGCUGCAACACAGUCAGACACAGAGCGCUCAGCUGGCCUGGAGGAGUCCCCUCCAAAAUCCGAGACCCCGAUCCCAAAAGAUCCAGCCCCCAGAGUCUCAGACAGAGAGAAGUGCCAAGUGGAGGUGCCACUUCAAGAUUCAGCGGAUGAGUUCGGAUUCCUUGGGGGCUGCCAUCCCACCAGGAGCAAUUCAGGGGCUGCCCAAGAAGCUGAAGCAAACGCUGCUUCCUGGGAAAGCUGCCAGCAGCAAAUGGGAGCACGUCUGCCACACGUGGAGCCCUGGGAUUCUCCAAGUCCUGCCCUGGUGCCGGGGCCUGGGGGCUCUGAGAAAGAGAACUUGGAUGCCAGUGAUGCUCAGGGUCACUCACAGACAGGGACGCCAGGAACCGAGCCCAAUAAAGCUGUCUGUGUGGCAGCAGGUGACCAACCCGAAGGGGGUUUAGGUGAGAGCCCUGAGCCUUCCCCACACGCACCUACGGCGGAAGUGCAUCCAGCUUCAAGGCUCAAUUCACCGCCAGCUGCUCAGGCCUCUGUUGCUGCAGAAGAACCCAACUGGUUGACCAGGGAGAUGGUUUCUGGGGCUGAGAUGCCAGUUUCUACAGAUCCAGCCAACGAGCUGGCAGAUGCAAGGUUGGUGGGACAGGAGAAGCACAUAUCAGAUCUUGGAGGUGAGGGAGAGGGUCCAGAAGGGAGCCCCAGAGAGGUUCCUAUGCCUGCAUCCCAGGAGGAGAGGGGAGAGCUCUCAAUUAAGGAGCAAGGCCAUGAAGUCCAACAAGGGGUGCUGCCUCCUCCCCCUCUCACUGCAUCAGAUGAAAGUGCCGGAAAGUCUCUGGGGCUGAAGGAUGAAGCCAAGGCCCCCGAAAGCCCAGCUGUGGCUAAGGAGGAAAGCAGAUUACCUGGGGCUGACCCUAGAGGACAGGAAGGAGCCUCAGAGCCACCUGACAGUGCAGAUCCUGGGAACCUGCGGGGAGAGCAACCCCAGGCCUUCAGCUACAAGCCCAACCCAGAGGUGGAGAAAGACGAGGUUUCAAAGCUAACCAGCAAUGUGGAGAGCAAAGUCCCUCCCAUCACGGACUCAGCACAGCCACUCAGAGAGGAGGGUGCUGGCUCCAUGGACAGGCCCAGCUCUCCAUCAGAAGAUGAAGCUUGGAGCUCAGUGGCCUGUGGGAUGAUGGGAGAAGCCCGUACGGUCCAGGCAUCUGGCUCACUGCACAAGCUUCAUGAGCAGGAUCCCGUCCUGCCCCCUGGACUGGAUGGAGCUGGUGAACACGUUCUUCCUGAAGGAGCCGUCUGGGAGGUGCCAGGAUUGCAGACCAAAUGUCCUGACAUACUUCAGGACGCCGGGGGAUUGGGAAGAAUGGACUCUCUUCCUGUUUUAGAAUCUGAGAAGUCAGAUUUCCUGUCAACUCCUGAUGCAGAGGUGGUCCCCAAAGCCCAGGAAGCGGACAGCACAUCUGAAAUACAGACGAGGAGCCACCCAUCCACGCCGAGGCCCGGCAGCCAUGAUGGGGAGAGCUUGUGGACUUCCCCCGACCAACCCGGUGGGCUGGGGCGUGAUGCGGCUGGACCGGAAGUCCGUGCUGAUGGGCCACAUGCCCCCGAGGGGGAGACCUUGGCAGUGGACUGUGGACUCACCAUGCUCAACCUGGAGCAAGAUGGGCAGGGAAACCCGUCCUGCCCCCAGAACAGCGGGACACGAGUAGCUGCAUCUGAGGGGCCCUCACUGUCUUCGGAGAACUGUCUACAGCCAUCCCAGUUGGACCCAGAAACAUCCGCCUUUGAUGUGCACAGGGAGAAGGGCCAACCGUGUGAAAACGGGAAAGUGACUUCUCCAGGUGAUCCAGGUUUUGAGAGCCCUGGUGCGGACUCUCCCCAAAUCCACGUACCUGUGGAACCUCAGGAGGAUGUGAGCUUACCCACUUAUGGAGGAAAGGAGCCAGCUUCCGGACCAGAACUUCAAAGUGAGCUCCCCAAAGGCAGUCUGUGUGAUGCUCCCAGUUCAGCUCCCAGGGACACACUUCUGGACAGUCCCGCAACAGAGCAGUCAGAGUUGUCAGCACCCAUAAGACCGGAGUUGCCUGCAACGGGGGAGAACGGGCAAGAGGGACCGUGCAGUGACGGCCAGCCCUCCAGGGUCUCGCCUCCUGCAGCGGAUAUCUUAAAAGACUCUUCUCCUGCAGGUAGCUUGAGCAGAAAGGAAAGUUGCUGUGCUGGGCAGGGGUCAAACAAGUCCCAACAGGAGCUGGUUGAUGUGCUGAGAGCCAGCAGCCAGCAUGAAGAAGCAUGUCGCAGGGGUGCAGGCGUUUCUGAAGCAGCUGACUCUUGGCCCCCACUCCAGGGCUUGGGUGAGACUGAGGAGGCAAGUGGGAACACAGUGGCGACCCCGCCUUGUUGGCCUGACUCAGUAGCUUUCCUGGAUGCAGCUCACUGCCCACCAGCGCCAGCGCUUGCCUGUCCCAGAGUCACACCCACCCAGGAUGCUCCAGAGAGAGAGGUGUGUGGUGAAACCCAGGAAGGCAGGCAGCAACCAGUGCCGGCCCCGCAAAAGGAAAUGGAGCAUCCUGCUGCCUCAGAUGCAGAGGCCCAAAAGCUUCUUGGAAGUUUCUCACCAGCCGAGGAGCAGGGUCUGGAAGAUAGGGCUGCUGAGACUGGUGGGAACGCUGAUGAAGGAGACCUGGGGAUGCAGUGGGCUCUGGAGGAGCCAAGAGAAGCUGCUCUGAGUGGUGGCUUCCUUCAGACUGAGCAGUGCCCCUCCACUGGGGAGGAAGUUUCUACCUCUGCCCUAGGUGAUACUGGCCAAGCUGAGCAGCCCUCGGGCAGCUGCCAGGAUGCCUUACUGCCGGCUGGAGAGCUGGGUGGAAUUCCCAGGAGCACAGUGGACAUUUCUGCACCCCAGGCUGUCCUCGACCCAAAGAGCCUGCUGCCAUCUGCACCACCAGAAGAGGCUGCUCCUGACACUCCUUACCUGCAUAUUGAUGGCGCUGCCAGGAAAGGGCCAGAAGACAGUGGGUUGAAAGCUGUUUCCUCUCAAGACCCCAGGGCUCCUAGUGAAAGCCCUUGUCCCAUAGGGGAGCCCCUGCUUGCCUUGGAAAAUGUCACCUCCAUGAAGCUGUCUGCCGGCUCCCUUGCCUCCCUCUCACCACCAGGAUCUGCAGAUGGAGGAACAUCUGUGAUGCAAACCAGCAGUGGAAGUCCCAAAGCUGGAAACCUUGAGGGGCCUGUGGACUCCAUGCCCUACCUGGACGGGAUGCUACUUCUGGCCAAGAGUAAGCAGACAACAGGAGAGGAGGAAGCGGCAAGAGCUCCCGAUGCGGGUGCCAAGCCCAGUGAUAUUCCAGCAGGGCGUGCUGGUGAGGAGGGCGUGGCAGGCGAUGCAGCGAGGGGGACAGAGAACAGCAGGGAGAGGAUGAUGGAACCUUCUGUGGAUCCGAGGAGGGACACAUCAGGUGGUGUGGACGCAUGCUCCAAGCAGACCAGCCUGAUCGCUGGGUUCUCUGAGUUCAGGGAGCAUAUCACCAAGAUCUUUGAGAAGUCUGUGCUCGGAGCCCUGACUGCCGAUCGGCCCCAGAGUGCACCAGGAGGAAAGGCAGGAGCUGGGGGGAGUGUGGUGGGCAAGGACCUUGCUGUGCCGCUAAGCCCAGAGAAGCUUCCAGAUGGGAUUCCAGGAGUGGCCGUUGCCCCUCUCCCCACCCCUCCUGCUGGACUCUGGGUGGACUCUAAGGAAAAGAAGCAAGAGUUGGCUGUAGAGGCUGAGAUUUCCCGUCUAGUUCCCGAGGGUCCAGCUCCAGAAAAGCUGCCAGGGCUGGUGGGGCCGGCUGCAGAGCAGAAGCUGCCAGAUGCCAGUGUGGGGACGGAAAUGACUGGUGUCCCACAGGUGCUGAAGGAAAGUGAGAAACCAGAGGGGGCUGGGGAAGCCAGGCAGGGGCUUGGAGGCCAGGCCCUCUCACAGGGAGGAAGCGGCUGGCAGGAAUCAGCUUUGGAUCUUUCCUCACAGACAGCUUCUCAGGAGAUUCCCGUGGAGAAAGCUGCUGACUUGCAGGCGGCUCCCCAGAGCCACGGAGAAGGGGACGCGGUUCAAGACAACAGAAUCCCUUCUGGAAAGCAGCACCAGGAAACAUCCACCAGCGACAGUCAACCCCGAGAAGAUGGUGCCUGGGGCUUUGCUCACACAGGGGCUCCGGGUGACAUGCCAGAGUCCACCUCUGCCCUGGGAGCAUCUGCUCCCCAUGGGGAUACUCCGAUCGUGGCCGAGGCCAUCAGUGAGCCCUGCACCCCCGACACACUUGGGGGUGAGAGGAGGCAUGGAGGUGCUGCCCGGAUCUCAGAAACACAAAAUGCCCUGGGCAACCAGAGUGCCCCUGAGCCACCUGCUGGAGAAGUGGCGGACACUCCCCUGGAGCCCGGCUCCGUGGCAGGAGCUGCUGGGGAGGCAGAGGGUGACGUCACUUUGAGCACAGCUGAGACUGGAGCACGUGUGUCUGGUGACCUGCCUGAAACAGGUACUACAAGAAUGUUCUCCAGUGAGACUCAUGCGUCGGUGCUGCCAGGGAGCCGUGGGGACCGAGGCUGCUCUGAUGGGGCUCCAGGGAUGGAGGCUGGAGCCACCCUGUGCGGGGACAGCCAGGCUGUGCACCAGCAGACUGACGGGCAGCCAGGGCCUGAGCUCCCCGCUCCUGCUGGGGAUGGAAACGUGUGUGUCUCCUCACCUCCAGAUCCUGACGAAACUCGGGACCCGAAGCUGCAAAACCUGGCUCCGGAAGCGCUCCACGAUGAGAGUUAUCCCAGAAGGAGCCCUGGGCCCGGCCCAUCCACUUUACCUUUGGUUCCUGAGAAGGAUGCUCCAAAUAUCAUGGGCGAGGUCACUUCAGAUGAGGCCAGAAGUGCGGGAGGAGCAGACAGUUCCCCUGCCGCAGAUGCUGUUCUCCAGCCCGCUGCCCUAGAAGACCUGGGAAUCCCGCUUUUAGCUGCUGCUUCACACCAUGGUGAUGUCAUCAGCCGGGUCUCCCCGGAUCUGACAGCCCAGAGCACCUCCCCAGCUGCUGCCCCGGCCUCAGAACAUGCAUCUUUGCCUUCUGCCCCAGCCGGUGAUGGAGUAGAAGCUUCCACUCCCUCCUGGCAGGGCCUGGCCAAGGACUUAAGCAGGAGUUCUGACUCUGAAGAAGCAUUUGAGACCCCGGAGUCAACGACCCCUGUGAAAGCUCCACCAGCCCCACCCCCACCGCCCCCCGAAGUUGUUCCAGAGCCUGAAGUCAGCGCACAGCCUCCCCCAGAAGAACCAGGAUGCGGUUCUGAGGCGGUCUCUGUCCCCGAUGGCCCCCGUAGCAACUCGGUGGAAGGAAGUCCUUUCCGCCCUCCAUCGCACUCCUUCUCUGCCGUCUUCGAUGAAGACAAGCCGAUAGCCAGCAGUGGGACUUACAACUUAGACUUUGACAACAUCGAGCUGGUCGAUGAUUUUCAGACCUUGGAGCCUCGCUCCUCAGACUCUAAGAAUCAGGACUGCAAAGUGAGCACGCGGAGGAAGUCCACGGAUUCUGUCCCCACCUCUAAGUCUACGUUGUCCCGAUCUCUCAGCCUGCAGGCCAGUGACUUUGAUGGUGCUUCUUGCUCAGGCGGCACCGAGGCCGUGGCCCCGGCCCCAGAUGCACACAGCACGGGUUCCAGCAGUGCUUCCAGCACCCUUAAGCGAACUAAAAAACCAAGGCCACCGUCCUUAAAAAAGAAACAGAUUACUAAGAAACCCCCUGAAACCCCCACAGUGAAAGAGACGCAACAAGAGCCAACUGAAGACAGUCCUGUCCCCACUGAGGAGAAUCCAGCAUCCGAGACAAAAACAGAAUCAGCCAAGACGGAAGGUUCUGGACCAGCCUUAUUGGAGGAGGCAUCUCUAGAACCUGCUGCUGUGCCCAGGGCUGCCUGCCCUCUGGACUCAGAGGGUCCAGAAGGAGCCGUCCCUCCGGCUCCUGGAGGUGGCAGAGUGCAGAACUCACCCCCUGUUGGAAGGAAAACGUUGCCUCUUGCCACGGCCCCGGAGGCAGUAGAGGUGACCCCAUCAGAUAGUGGGGGCCAAGAGGACUCCCCAGCCAAAGGGCUCUCAGUGAGGCUGGAGUUUGACUAUUCUGAGGACAAGGGUAGUUGGGACACCCAGCAGGAACACCCCCCUCCUACCAAAAAGAUAGGCAAAAAGCCAGUUGCCAAAAUGCCCCUAAGGAGGCCAAAGAUGAAAAAAACACCGGAGAAACUCGACAACGCUCCUGCCUCGCCUACCAGAUCCCCCGCUGAGCCCAAUGACAUCCCUAUUGCUAAAGGUACCUACACCUUUGAUAUUGACAAGUGGGAUGACCCCAAUUUUAACCCUUUUUCUUCCACCUCAAAAAUGCAGGAGUCUCCCAAACUCCCCCAACAGUCAUACAACUUUGACCCAGACGCCUGUGAUGAGUCCAUUGACCCCUUUAAGACGUCCUCUAAGACCCCCAGCUCACCUUCUAAAUCCCCAGCCUCCUUUGAGAUCCCAGCCAGUGCCAUCGAAGCCAAUGGAGUGGACGGGGAUGGGCUAAACAAGCCCGCCAAGAAGAAGAAGACGCCCCUAAAGACUGACACAUUUAGGGUGAAAAAGUCGCCAAAACGGUCUCCUCUCUCUGAUCCACCUUCUCAGGACCCCACUCCAGCGGCCACACCAGACACGCCGCCAGUGAUCUCUGCUGUGGUCCACGCGACCGAUGAGGAGAAGCUGGCAGUCACCAACCAGAAGUGGACGUGCAUGACGGUGGAUCUGGAGGCUGACAAACAAGACUACCCGCAGCCCUCGGACCUGUCCACCUUCGUAAACGAGACCAAAUUCAAUUCACCCACGGAGGAGUUGGAUUACAGAAACUCCUAUGAAAUUGAAUAUAUGGAGAAAAUUGGCUCCUCCUCCUUACCUCAGGACGAUGACGCCCCGAAAAAGCAGGCCUUGUACCUUAUGUUUGACACUUCUCAGGAGAGCCCGGUCAAGUCUCCUGCCGUCCGGAUGUCGGAGUCCCCGACGCCGUGUUCAGGGUCAAGUUUUGAGGAGACUGAAGCCCUUGUGAACGCUGGGGCAAAGAUCCAGCAUCCUGUUGCACGAGGGCUGGCCCCCAACCAAGACCCGCACUUGCAGGUGUCAGAGAAAUCUUCCCAGAAAGAGCUGGAGGCCAUGGCCUUGGGCACCGCUUCAGAUGCCAUUGAAAUUACAGCUCCUGAGGGCUCCUUUGCCUCUGCUGACGCCCUCCUCAGCAGGCUAGCUCAUCCAGCCUCUCUCUGUGGUGCACUUGACUAUCUGGAACCCGACUUAGCAGAAAAGAAUCCCCCAGUAUUUGCUCAGAAACUUCAGGAGGAGUUAGAGUUUGCCAUCAUGCGGAUAGAAGCCCUGAAGCUGGCCAGGCAGAUCACCCUGGCUGCCCGCAGCCGCCAGGACACCAAGAGAGAGGCUGCUCACCCAACAGAUGUCUCCAUCUCCAAAACAGCCUUGUACUCCCGCAUCGGGACCGCCGAAGUGGAGAAACCUGCAAGCCUUCUGUUCCAGCAGCCCGACCUAGACUCCGCGCUCCAGAUUGCCCGAGCAGAGAUCAUAACCAAGGAGAGAGAGGUCUCAGAGUGGAAAGACAAAUAUGAAGAAAGCAGGCGGGAAGUGAUGGAAAUGAGGAAAAUAGUGGCCGAAUAUGAGAAGACCAUCGCUCAGAUGAUAGAGGAUGAACAGAGGGAGAAGUCGGUCUCCCACCAAACGGUCCAGCAGCUGGUCCUGGAGAAGGAGCAAGCCCUGGCUGACCUGAACUCCGUGGAGAAAUCUCUGGCCGAUCUCUUUAGGAGAUACGAGAAGAUGAAAGAGGUCCUGGAGGGCUUCCGCAAGAAUGAAGAGGUGCUGAAGAAGUGUGCACAGGAGUACCUGUCCCGAGUCAAGAAAGAGGAGCAGAGGUACCAGGCCCUGAAGGUGCAUGCGGAGGAAAAGCUGGACAGGGCCAACGCCGAGAUCGCCCAGGUCCGGGGCAAGGCCCAGCAGGAGCAGGCUGCCUACCAGGCCAGCCUGCGGAAGGAGCAGCUGCGUGUGGACGCUCUGGAAAGAACGCUGGAGCAGAAGAAUAAAGAGAUAGAAGAACUCACCAAGAUUUGUGAUGAACUGAUUGCCAAAAUGGGGAAAAGCUAACUUUGAACCAAAUGUUUGGCCUUGACCGUUGCGUGCAAUAUGACCGUCGGCACACUGCUGUCCCUCCAGUUACGCGGACAGGUUCUGUUUUCACUUUUCGUAUGCACUACUGUAUUUCCUUUCUAAAUAAAGUUGAUUUGGUUGUAUGCAGUACUAAGAGACUAUCAGAAUUUCUUGCUAUUGGUUUGCAUUUUCCUAGUAUAAUUCAUAGCAAGUUGACCUCAGAGUUCCUGUAUCAGGGAGAUUGUCUGAUUCUCUAAUAAAUAAAAGACACACCGCUGACCGUGGCCUUGCCCUUGUACAUGAGUUCCCAGGGUGAGCGGCUUUUGAAUUUCAUAUAAACAUGUACAGCUUGCACAGGGACUCUUGCCUUAAGGAGUGUAAACUUGAUCUGCAUUUGCUGAUUUGUUUUAAAAGAAAAGAAAAUGCAUGUUUCAAAUAAAAUUCUCUAUUGUAAAUAAAUUUUUUUCUUUGGAUCUUG